AUGGCGUCUAAUUGGUAUAUAUUAUGUUUAUUGUUUAUUUUUACUUCUGAAUCCGGUUCAGUUACAUUACCUCCUGGAUCUUUAGUAGAAAGUGAUAGCGAUACAGAAAUAAAAGAACAAGUGGAAGAUAAUACUAUUGCAAAUGAAUUAUUAAUAAAAGCCCAACAAGAACAAACGUUGAGGUUACACAAAAAUUUAAUAAGACAUCUUAAUCGUAAUGAAUCACAUGAGGUACCUAAAUUUAAAUGUCUUUCUUGUGAUCCUCCAGACUGCAUUCCACAGCCCCCAUGUAUUGAUGCCUAUCAGUGUUGGAAAUCUCAUACGAGAGAUUUGAAUGGCGUUGAAGCCGUGUCUAGAGGAUGCAUUAAAAAAAAAGAUCAAGUGCCUUUACUUUGUAAAACUUCAUCUUUUUCCGGAGUUCAUAAAAAACGACAUACAGGCGGACAAUAUGAAGUGAUUUGUUGCGAAGAAGAUUAUUGUAACAAUGGUUCAUUUCCUUCUCUGCCAGAAGUUACUUUUCACGAUGAUGUGUCUUCGAUUUACCCAGAUAAAAAUAUAUAUAUUCUUAAAUUGACGUUGGCAAUCUUGGGUCCAGUUGUAGGUUUAGGAGUAUUGGGUACGAUAGUUUUACUCCUAAUGAGAAGAACACAUAAAAAAAGACUUGAAAGACAAAGCGGUUUGUGGAGUAAAGAAAGGCAAAAUGGUAUUUUAGAUUCGGAUGCUUACUACACGGAUGAGUUGGUCCAUGUUACAGCUCCAGGAGAUAGUACACUUCGAGAGUUUAUGGAACAUUCUCUAACUUCUGGAUCCGGAUCAGGACUUCCAUUAUUGAUUCAGAGAACUUUGGCAAAACAAAUAUCCCUUUCCGAAUGUAUUGGAAAAGGAAGAUAUGGACAGGUAUGGAGAGGCGUUUGGCACGGUGAAAAUAUUGCGGUAAAAAUAUUUUUUUCAAGAGACGAAGCCAGUUGGAACAGAGAAACGGAAAUUUAUAGUACCGUUCUCCUUCGUCAUGAAAAUAUUUUGGGUUACAUUGGAAGCGACAUGACGUCGCGAAAUUCAUGCACUCAACUUUGGUUGGUCACACAUUAUCAUCCCCUGGGAUCCCUUUACGAUCACCUGAACAGAACUAGUUUAACACAUCAUCAAAUGAUGAAAAUUUGUUUGACGAUUGUUUCGGGUUUAGUUCACUUGCACAGUGAAAUCUUCGGAACUCAGGGAAAACCUGCCAUAGCUCACAGAGACCUUAAAACGAAAAAUAUACUUAUACGAAUGAACGGUUCUUGCGUCAUUGCCGAUUUCGGAUUGGCCGUGACUCACGUUCAAGCAACGGGACAAAUGGACAUAGCAGAUAAUCCCAGGGUGGGAACAAAACGUUACAUGGCACCUGAAGUAUUAGAAGAAACAAUGAAAACAGACUGUUUCGAAUCGUACAGGCGAGCUGAUAUGUAUGCCUUGGGCCUUGUUUUAUGGGAAGUGUGUACGAAAACCCUUUCGAACGGCAUUGCCGACGAGUACAAGCCACCCUAUCACGACGUUGUGCCUAACGAUCCCUCAUUCGAAGACAUGAGAAAAGUCGUUUGCGUUGACGGACAAAGACCCAUUCUCAGCAACAGAUGGUCUUCGGAUCCCACAUUAAACGGCAUGGGAAAAUUAAUGAAAGAAUGUUGGCAUCAAAAUCCCAACGUGAGACUGCCAGCGUUAAGAAUAAAAAAGACUUUGAUCAAAUUGGCAUCAGCCGAUCCUUUGAUACACCUCGACGUAGAUAUUUAA